UUUGGUAGAAAGCAGAGACCAGAUCACACAUUCAAAUCCUGUGGUAGCAACGAAUUUAUGGAAGCCCUUGAUUCAACAGUUGCAAUCGUGUGUGUACCGACACCCAAAUAAUUGCACAGACCAUCAUCCAGACCCACCUGGAAUGGUGGGUUCCCGGUCUUUCUAGAAAGAUCUGCCAGAACAUUAUAAUGGCUACUCUCAGAGUUUCUUCACAGCAAUUCAAGGGGGUUAAACACAUUUCUUUUAGUUUUUCCAAAAGAAAACCAUGGAGAGCAGUGUGAGUACAGGUACUGUGGUGGAUGGAUCUGAAAUCAGGCAGCUGGUGGAGAAUAAAGAGACCUUUCAGAGAUUUGUGGACGAGAAAUUCUGUGAGUUGGAUAAAGAUAAAAGUGGGAACUUGAAUGUGGAGGAGCUUCAGCCCAUUGUCUCUAACAUAGGCAAAGCGCUAGGUUUGCCAUCCAGGGGCUCUUCACCGGAUUCUGAUCACAUUUAUGAAGAGGUGACCAAAGAAUUUUUACAUGGAAAGGAGCGUAUAAGCAAAGAGGAAUUUAGCUCUGUUCUGGCUGAUUUUCUUUUGGGCAUGGCGGAUGGGCUGGAAAGGGAUCCAAUCUUUAUUCAAACCAUCACUGGCCAAGAAUUGCAAAGUUAUGUCAACAGCCCCGAGUUUGAGGCAUUUGCAGUGGCUGUAUAUUCUCAGUUGUCAACAGACCAAGCAGAGAAAAAUAUAGAGACAUUUUUAGUUCAAGCUUUGGGAAGUAUCCCUGUGGACAAGGGCAUGCCUCCUAUAUCAGAUGAAACUGUGAUGAAAAAUAUAGUGAAACCAGCGAUAGAAUCCCAAGCCACAUGUAUAGAUUUGCAGGCACCAUGUGGAGAUAUGAACCAGGUGGUAUUCAUAGAGAUUUUUAAGAAGGUGGUGGAACAUGCCACGUUCCAAUUGAAGGCUACACCAAUCACUGUGGCACGUAGUGAAAAAACUUAUGAUGGGAAAGGUGUGACACGAUUGUUGCAUCAAAAGUCUGAACUAGAAAAGGUGCUCCAAAUGACUUGGAAUUCACUAUCAAAAGAUCAACAUGGAGUUCUUCCAAGAGGGUAUCUUCGAGUGGGGCUAGAUAUUUUGGCCCCUUCAGUUGACUUACCCCCUCUAGGAGCUGUUAAACAGAUGGAUGAAAUCAUUUCAGAAGUUUUUAAAAUGGUGAGAGCUGAUGAAGGAGGAGUUUUGAAUGAAAAUGAAUUUAAUAAAUUAAUGCUAGAAAUACUUGCCACUAUGAUGCUCCAACUUGAGGGAAAUUCAAUUCGUGUGUCUAGUGUUGAAGUGGUCAAUAGCUCACCUACUCCCAACGAUUUCCCACUCUAAAAUGUUUAUCCUUCUUGAUUUGAUAGCUAAAUUAAUGGCCUUAGAAAAUGGACAUCUCUAAUGAAAUGAGAGAUAAUUAUUAUAAAUUAGAAAAUAUUCAUGAAAUUAAGCUUCCUCUUUUUAAGGGAGGCCCUUAACUAAGGUGGAAAGAUUGUACUCUUAAAAAAUGUUUGAUUAUUUUUAAAGAUAAUGAAGACGCAUCGUGGUAUAAUAAUUAAAAACAAAUUAUUUUUUUCAUGAA